GAUUUUAGUAAUCAAAAGCAUUCAAAUCCCGGCAGCUUACAGUCACGUGAAACUGAACAAAAUAGCCCCCCAACCGGCUUUACUUGGAUGUAGAAAUCGAGGAGGAUAGGUCUGAGGAUCGAAUACCGAUUGCUGCAAGAUACAUUUAUGCAGAGCAGAGAUGGAUUUGAUGAAAAUGGAGGCCAAGCUGCUUAAGCAAUGAUAUUGGAGUCUUGGGAGCCAUUCAAUUGAGUAAAUUUCGUGACACAUCAGUAAUCAGAAUGCGGAUAUUAAAUUUCAUGGGCAAUUCUUUCGGAUGUUCUGCUUCGGGAGAACGUCUGGUUUCUGCUGCCAGGGAGGGGGAUUUGCAGGAAGCUAAGGCACUGUUGGAGUGUAACCCACGUCUUGCAAAAUAUUCAACCUUUGGAGUUCGCAAUUCUCCUUUACAUUAUUCAGCUGCCCAAGGACACAAUGAGAUUGUCUCUCUCUUGCUUGAAUCUGGAGUAGAAGUAAAUAUCAGGAACUACUGUGGUCAGACAGCAUUGAUGCAAGCUUGUAGAUAUGGUCACUGGGAAGUGGUUCAGACACUAGUGCUGUAUAAGGCAAAUGUCAACAGAGCAGACUAUCUUAAUGGCCGAACAGCUCUUCAUUUUGCAGCAGUAAAUGGUCAUUCUCGAUGUGUAAGACUUCUUUUUGCUGAUGUUGUGCCUAGCCUACCCAGUUUCUGGCAUAACAUAAGGACAGCUGCAUCACAAGAAGGUUCAUUAGUUGACUUUGAUCCAAGUCCUUGCUCUAGGAUUGUAAACAGACCGGCAGAUGGAGGUAUUACUGCACUUCACAUGGCAGCACUUAAUGGGCAUGCAGAAUGUGUACAAUUACUACUAGAUUUGGGGGCCAACGAAUCAUUUUUGACUGUUCAAGAUGGGUCAACAAUUGAUCUGAUAGGUGCAAAUAGCACACCUCUUCAUUAUGCUGCUUGUGGUGGAAAUGUUCAAUGUUGCCAGAUGCUAAUUGCUCGUGGAGCAAGUUGCAGUGCUCAAAAUGCCAAUGGAUGGACACCACUGCAAGUGGCUCGCCUUUGGCGUAGACAGUGGCUUGAAGGUCUGCUAGCCCAUGGCUCACAAGCUGUUCUACCAUGUUUACCUCCAUCAAGAUAUCUGGCCCUACCUCUCAUGAGCAUAGUGCAAAUUGCCAGGGAAUGCGGAUGGAGAAAUUUAGAGCCAGUGCCUGUAGGAGUUGAGCCAUGUGCCGUUUGUCUUGAGCGGAGAUGCACUGUUGCUGCUGAAGGUUGUGGUCAUGAACUUUGUACGCGGUGUGCUUUGUACCUUUGUUCCACAAACAAUAUUGCAACUACAGUAUCAGGUCCUCCUGGUUCCAUACCUUGCCCGAUGUGCCGACAUGGUAUAGUUUCAUUUAUCAAGCUUGCCCAUACCUCUGCAAUUAAGGAAUUGGGAAGAUCAAAUCUGCCAUUAUCUCUAUGUACAGCCUGUUCAACAGAGGUUGCAGAACCCACUUCAUUAUCGACUGCUCUUUGCAAUGUAGAUUAUCGGAGAUGCAGGGUGUCUCCUGUAUCAAAUAGUUCAGUUCGUGUGCUCACCUGUCAAAGAUUUCCCUUCAAUUCAAGUUUUUGUAUUAGAGACCCUGAAAGUGCUCCUUCAGCAGCACAUUGCAAUUCGGAAGUAUCUGAAAACCCUGGGGAGGCUUGGCAAAUUGCUAGGACAACCCCCAUGGGCAGUACAUCUGAACAUUCUACAACUGCACAAAUUGACCAAUCUGCUUCUAAGUCUCCUUCUGUGCAUACCCAGGACUCUGCAUCUCAGGUUGAAAGCAGGUGGUGGCGUCCAAGUUUGUUUUCAUGGAGUCAUUAUACUGUAGCUUCUCAAAGUUAAACUUACCAUGAAAAUCUAUUAGUAUUCUUUUAUUGCAUGGUUGCAAUGCCUGUCCAUCUAAUGGUGCAGUUAAAGUUUUCUUCCUUCUCAAGUUUGCAUCACAAUUUAAAAUUUUUUGUUCUCAGAGAUGGUUGCUUUAGAGUUGUGGCUUCAAGAUGUGUCCGUUUUGGUUCUGUAAAGAUAUAGGGGGAUUGUAAUGUAUAAUAUAUGUCUAAAUUCUGGAGUUGAAAGGUGAAUAAAUAGUGAUAUUAAUUGUUAUAAAUUUUUUAUAUUGAUUUGCAGCUGGACAAUAAUCCAUCCAUUUUAAUUGGAUGAAACUUAUAUCAUAUUUCUUUGAUGCUUAAA